CUUCGGCGCGAAUAUUGAACAGCCGUGCUGCAACGGAGCUCGCACGGACGCAUGGCUAGCGAAAUUUUAGACAGACGGCGAGACUUCAAACGAGUACAUGGUUGCGCGCGUCCACGCGUGUGUUGCACGCGAAGCCAACGGGCGAGAGGGGAACACCCAGAUGCUUCUCCCCUCCACCGACACACACGUGAUCGAUCUCGAACACGUGCGUGCCCGUAUGGGGAUAGCUUUGGGAUCGAGUAUAUCCAUAUUCGGAAGUAAGGAUCUUCUACCGGGAGCGCCGUCGACGUCGACUCCGGGGAAAGCCACCACUCGGCUACGCGCGUGCUCAUAUUUUUCUCCAGUCUUUCGUGCCAUGCUGCCGUCGUUGAGUUUCAUUAGUACUGUUACAAAAAACUAUCGUACGUGUGCUCAAUCGGGGGCCAACGAGCGGCUGAUACGACAAUAAUCUACGAAAAUCUGCAAAUUUCGUGCCACAGAUGAUGGAAGGUUCAACGCACGUUGUCAAAGACCCUUUCAAAGCUGUCCAGAAUGACAGUGUAGCUUUGUUAAAAGUCUUGAUGCUCAAUGGAAUUAAUACUCAAAUCCAAGAUAAAGAUGAAUCGGCUUUAUUACAUCGUGCCGCCAACUACGAUCAGCUGGAAAUUAUCAAAUUCUUAUUAAAAAAAGGGGCUGACUUGACUCAACUUAACAAAGUCGGCGAAACGGUUUUACACGUUGUAGCUUCCAAGAACUACCUUCAUAUAGCCAAACUCAUAUUCGAAAACAUAAACCAUGACGAAUUGAGAAAAUUUGUCGAUGCCAAAACUACAACAGGAACUACAGCUUUACACAUUGCGUCGAAAAAUGGCUUUUAUGACAUGAUAACGCUUUUAUUGAGCCACGGAGCAACUUACAAUGUAAAAAACAAAAAGGGCAAACGGCCAAUCGACGUCACAAAAUAUCAGUCGAUUGGCGAACUGCUGAAGCGGUUAAAAAUCAAUUUUGAGCAAGCAAGAGCCGGCCAAGAUAAGCUUUACGAAAGCUUAGAAAAGUGUUCCAACGAUGAAUUUUUGGCAUUCGUGAAUGCUCGUAACAACGAUGGCCACAACGUAAUGCAAGUCGCGGUUGCUAACUGCCGUGAAAACCUUGUGACGUUGCUUCAGUGUUUGAAAGUUAUGUUAUUUCGCCGGCGCGGUCAUAGGGCUGCUUUUGAGCAUAAUUACUUCGACGAAUUGCUUCUACUCGCUACGAACGCAUCAAGAAAGUUGCUAGAUAACGACUGCACCCUGGAAACGUGUUUAAAAAGCGUGCGCCAAUUCGUAAACACUUUCAGAUCGUUCGAAAAGCGUAUUUUAGAUCCAAACAUUCUUUCCAUUGAGGAUAUGUUGAGCUUAUUGUCGAGCCACUGUAAUGCAAUGUCAUUCAAGGUAUACGCAAAGCGAGUCAUUAAAGUUCACUUGAAAUUAUUCUCAGCAUCCAUCUACUCGGUAAAAUUAGUCGAUUCGACGAGAGGUAAAGACUGGGCUCUAGCUGAAAAAUGCCUGGCCGAGAUGGCUUUUGUGAACUGCUCCGACGAAGGAGGAUGGACACCGUUACUUCACGCUGUUAACGCAGGAAACGAGAGGAUCGUGAAGACGCUGAUUGAUCAUGGCGCUCGAGUGAAUUGCUCGACGAAAAUAGGCAAGAAUACGACUCUCCACCUGGCUGCUAACAAUGGACACUUCGAGAUAGUUCAACUGCUGCUCGAGCGAGAAAAUAGCAGUGAGUAUCUUAAUGCGAAAACAGGUGCGAAGGGAUCGACGGCAUUGCACAUUGCCGCGAAAACAGGACGCUUCGAUAUUGUCGUGUGGCUGUUAAAGUGCCGUGCCACUUACUGCGUUAAGAAUAAAGAUGGUCAAAUGCCGAUGGAUUUGGUGAACGACGAGUCACACAGGGCGUAUCUUAAAUCAAUCGGAGAAGCGUUCGAUGACGCGAAGAAUGGAAAAGUUGAAGUGAUCGACAAGCUAGAAAAUUGGAGUGACGAUCAAUUUUUAGCUGCGGUGCUAUGCCAGAACGAGGAAGGACAUUUGCUUAAAGACGUUGCUUUGGAGAACAAGCACGAUGAGCUCGCUAACAAGAUCGCCGAUAAGUUGAAAGUAAUAUUGUCCGAAAAGGGUUUCAGAUUUAAAGAACGUUAAAUUUCAAUAUACAUUUUUUUUUUCAA